AAGUUGCCGCACCUCUUCUUUCUCUCCUCCCUGACAUGUGAGCGAUAAAGCGCUGCCUGUGGGACACAGUACAGACCGUAGCUGGUAGAGGCAAAGUUCCCUUGCGCUUUCUGGCCGGCAGGAGACGUUAGAGCUGCGCCUAGUGAGGGAUUGCGCACAGGAUUGCGCUCUGUAGCAGGAGAGGAAGCGCAGCGCAGGAUGCAGCUGUGACAUCGGAAUCCCCUGGCACUGGUGGCACCUGUGUGUCGUGUUGGUUGCGGCUGCACGGCUCCUAUUUGCGGCAGGAAUGGAAGUGAGGAGCGACAGAAGCCCCUGCGUUUGGACCCUGCUAUUGGGACUCGCUGUGCUGAUCCGCUCGGCUGAAGGGGGGUGCAUGGAAGCUGCAAAGUGCUGCCGGGGCAGAGACAUGAACUGCACCUCCCAGGGCUGGAGGCUGGAUCGGCUCUAUGGCACCUGCUUCUGCGACCAGGCGUGCGGGCUCACUGGCGACUGCUGCUUUGACUACUCCCAGGCAUGCCCAGCUCGUGCCUGUAUUGUGGGUGAAUGGAGUCAUUGGAGUGGCUGUGCUGAUCCCUGCACGCCAGCAUUACGGGUGCGUAGAAGGCAAGUGGUACAGGAGCCAGAAAAUGGAGGAGAUCCCUGUCCUGCUCUGGAAGAAAAGGCUGGAUGUCUUGAGUACUUUACAUCCCAGGGCACAGAAUGUGCACAGUCACAUGUGACGGCUUUCAUCACGACCUUUGAAUACAACAAAUCGAGAAGACGACGGGCCUUGUCUCCUAACUGGGCUACUGAAAAGGAAGAUGCAGGGUACUGCGUGGAGUUUCAGGUGAAAUCGCUGUCUCAGGAUUGCCUGAUAGAAAGUCGCCCUCAUGCCCGCUGGAUGCAGUAUUUGCGGGAAGGAUACACGGUAUGUGUGGCGUGUCAGCAUCCGGCCAUGAAUAUGAGGAACCACCGGUGCUAUGGAGAUGGCCGGAAUGCUAAUGGACUUCUUCACUGGGAGGCAGUGGGAAAUCCUCAAUGUCAAGGAACCUGGAAGAAGUUGAAAGAAGUUGAGAGCUGUUCAUGUCCGUUGGUCCAUAGUUUCAUAUUUACAUGAUACUCCAAAAAAUAUCACACCAACAUGAUGUACAUAAUCCUGGAGGGGCAGUAUUGUAGCCUGAACUGAAUUCAUGGCAAACUAAUCAAGCACUGGAGGUCACUGACACUGACAAGCCGCAAUGAAUUAUGGACCCGCCGAUUAGUGGUGCGGCACAAACCCCGUUAGUCGGUUUCAAUAAAAGGGCAGAGAAGCGUAAGAUUAGGAGAAAGGUGUUUGCCAGUCACUGCAUUCUCCCAUUUCAUGUUUUAUUAAAGAAAAAAAUUUAAACCAUAUAAAGGAAAACUUGCAACUAUAAAGCAGACAUGGUUUUUUUUAGAGGUUAACGGGAAGUAUAUGAAAAUUUCAAGCAACUUUAUUUUUCCCAAGUUGAUUAGAACAGAGGUCCCCAACCUUUUUUUCUCCAAGGACCGGUUGCAAGGAGAAAAAAAUUUCCAUGGACCGGAGGGGGGGAGGGGGGGUGCGCACAGCGUGAAUUGCAGGAACGGUCUUACAUUUAUUUGCGCCUUAAUGUGCGCGUGGCGUUCACUUGCGCAUUCCUGCUUACGGCGCGUUCGUUCGAGGCUUUAAGUGUGAUGCGCGUUGAUUUUUCACCGCUUUGAGUGCGCCGCAUUGGGCUCCAGGGGAACGGCGGCGGCCCAGUGCCAAGCAGUCCACGGCCCGGCACCGGUCUGCAGCCCGGCGGUUGGGGACCCCUGGAUUAGAACAUUCAAGAUUUACAGCCUCAUUGAAAAAUAAUGGAACAAUGUGACUUUGGUUUCCACUCAAAACACGAGUGCAGAAAGAAAGAGAAUUCUUUCCCUCUUUGAAAAAUUGAUAAAUAAGCCUCCAAGUCUCUAAACCUUCUGUAUAAAGUGCAUUUUAGUUUUUUGAUUAAUUUUUUCGCAAAGCGACGCUAAUAACAUGGGCAUUUUUAUAUGGGAAAAAAGAAUAUUUUACUGGACUAGAAUAUCUAGUCCCCUUUUUUGUUCACAUAAAGAAAUAUAUAUUGUACCUUCUUUCAGUCAUGGGAGUCUAGCAGAAUGUACUCAUUAAAUAAUAUUUGGAAAGGUAGAUCUGUUAUCCAGAAUACUUGGAACCUGGGGUUUUGCAGGGGUCUUUCCAUAAUCUGAAUCACCAAACUAAAAAAAAAUGAUUUAAACAUUAAACCCAAUAGGCUUGUUUUGCAUCCAAUAGGGAUUAUUUAUAUCUUAGUUGGGAUCAAGUACAAUGUACUGUUUUAUUAUUACAGUUAAAAAUGAAAUCAUUUUUAAAAAAUUAAAAUGAUUUGCUUAAAAUUGGAGAUGGCCGUCCUGUAACUUGGAGCUUUCUGGAUAACAGCUUUCUGGAUGACGGAUCCCACACCUGCACUACUUUUUCCCCAUAGUGCUACAAAACAACAGCACAAAAGACUGAUUAGGGCUAGGGACAGGGUGUGAAAAUGGGAAACUUCUGAAGUAUCUCCCCCUUGAUGCACCUAGAUCCACAUAUAAGUUUUUCCUUUUUUGUAUUAUUUGUUGGUUGCACAUAUAACUUCAGCUUCUCAGUGAUAUGAAAACAUGUUAUAAAUGGGAAAGCAUAUUAUAUCAUAAACUGUAUUUUGUGUCAGACGGAGUGUUUGUCUUUUAUUCAAAAUGUGGAGCACAAUUAUACUACAAAUGUAUAAGGAAUAAAAUAAUCCCACUCUGUCA